AUGUUUGCGCUAGCUACUUGUCUCUUCGCGAUAUCAGCCCUCCUCCAACCUGUGGCUUCCUACAGUACGACCAAGUCUCCCUCGCGGAAUGCGGUUCUUUUGUCAGAUGUCCAAACCCUCACUCUUCACUCCAACCGCAAAACAUCCCACCGUCGAGUCUCGGCAAUUCCACAGCUAAACUGCGUUGGACCAUCCAAAGAAAUCUGCUCCCUCUACCAGCCAGAUGUCCUCCGUUGCACCAAUGAAGGGUAUGACUAUGAUGAAAAUGACGUGCAAUGGACGUGCACUGCGCAACUGCCUCCUGAAUUUAAGCUCGGGAGUACAGAUGUGAUUUGUGAAGGGUAUCGAAGCUCCGAGGAUCCGUGGAUUCUAAAAGGCAGCUGCGGCGUGGAGUAUAGAAUGUUACUUACAGAUAUGGGAGAGAAGCGGUAUGGCCACAUUCCACACGAUAGUGGCAACUACGAUGAAUCGAUAUGGACUACUCUUACACGAAUGGCUGUGUGGUUCGGCCUGUUUAUGAUCGUCGUGAAGCUCCUCCAGUAUUGCACCGGCACCCACGGCCAGGGGAGGAAUGGCCGCGGCGGAGGAGGCGGAGGAGGUGGAUGGUGGCCUCCAGGCCCACCACCUCCAUACGACUAUCAGCAACCCAGGUUCGCAAAAGAGAAUGAAUCCUGGAGGCCCGGUUUUUGGACUGGUGCCUUAGGUGGGACUGCUGCAGGAUAUGCCAUGGGGCGAGGCACGUCACGGAGAGGGAAUGACUCCUUUAGGUCAGGCAGCAAUAAUGCCGCUGCGGGACCAUCCUACUCGGCCUCGACUAGGGAGAGCACCGGAUUUGGUGGUACAAGGCGUCGCUGA